AUGGUCCUUAGUCCAUCUAGGUUGUUGGCAUUUGCUACCUUGCUCAGUCCAUUUGCACAGACGGUAUGGGCGCUCUGGCCCAUCCCAACUUCUCUAGAAACUGGGACGACCGCGUUGGUGCUAUCCUCCUCUUUCUCGAUUGACGUCGCGGUCCCCAAUGUCCCAUCGGAUCUCCUUCAAGCAGUUGCUCAAACUCAGUCAUACAUUCAGAACGACAAGCUUGGCCGCCUGGUCGUUGGACGUGGCAUUAACGAUAGUUAUGCCAUUCAGAAUGCAAAUCCCCUCUUAUCCUUGAAAUUGACGCUCAUGGAAGGUAGUCAAGUCCGGAGUAUCUCUUCCGAGGCGGUGAAGCCCCUGGGCACUCGCAGUGAAGAAUACACCCUUGUCAUUCCCCAAGACGGGAGCCAAGCAACCCUGACAGCGAAUUCCACGCUUGGCCUCUACAGAGGUCUCACAACUUUUACCCAGUUGUGGUACUAUUAUGAUGGCGUGAUCUACACUCUUCUUUCCCCAAUAAAGAUUUUCGACGAACCCGCCUAUCCCUACCGCGGUUUUGCGCUUGAUACAGCUAGGAACUACUUUCCUGUCACAGACCUAACCAGAACUUUGGACGCAAUGAGCUGGGUCAAGCUAAACACGUUCCAUUGGCAUAUCACAGACAGUCAGAGUUUCCCUCUCCAAGUCUCCCUGUAUCCAGAACUUGCCGAUAAUGGUGCCUACUCCCCCCAAGAGGUGUACACCGAAAGUGACGUCCAGUACAUAGUGUCAUACGCUGCUGCGCGUGGUAUUGACGUGCUGCUAGAAAUCGAUACUCCAGGCCAUACUGCUAUCAUCGGAACUUCUUAUCCUGAUUACGUAGCUUGCUUCGACGCGUCACCCUGGGCCACCUACGCAAACGAACCCCCCGCUGGCCAACUUCGCUUCGCGGUCCCCGAAGUGGUCAACUUUACUGCGUCUCUGCUCUCCAGUGUUGCUCAAACCCUCAUGUCCAAAUACUUUAGCACUGGAGGCGACGAACUGAACACGAACUGUUACGUAAACGACUCUAUGACACAACAGCAGCUGAACCAAACAGGUACCACCCUCAACGCUGCACUCGAUACCUUUACCCAGGCGAUACACGGGGCACUCAUCACCCAAGGAAAGACCCCAGUGGUUUGGGAAGAGAUGGUUCUGAAUUGGAACCUGUCAUUGUCAAACGAAACAAUUGUAAUGGUCUGGAUCUCUUCAGCAGAUGCGGCAGCCGUAGUUGAGAAAGGAUUCCGUAUCGUGCAAGCGCCCUCCAACUACUUUUACCUGGACUGUGGUGCUGGAGGAUGGCUUGGAGACGAUCCAACUGGGAACAGCUGGUGCGAUCCAUUCAAGACGUGGUCCGAGUCUUACACGUUUGACCCCCUUGCAAACUUGACAGAGGCGCAAUAUCCUCUUGUUCUUGGAGAGCAAUUCCUCUGGACAGAACAAUCAGGUCCCCAAAACCUCGACUCCAUUGUAUGGCCUCGAGCUGCAUCUUCUGCUGAGAUCUUCUGGAGUGCCAAGCAACCAGGUGGAGCUCCUCUCAACGUCUCAGAGGCACUUCCGCGACUGCAGGCAAGUUACAUCUAA